AGCUCAUCCCUGCAGUUCGCCUCCAUCACAAACACAUCGAGCACGAGAAGGCGCUGAAGGAUGAGCGACGAGAAGCACCACCACCACCACCUCUUUCAUCACCACAAGGAGGAAGAGCAGCCGGCCGAGGAAGUUUACUACUCGCAGCAGCCCGUCGAGGAAGCCGUCUACUCGGAGACCACCGUGAUCGCCGACGACUCCGCAUCCGACGAGUACGAGAAGUACCAGAAGGAGGAGAAGCAGCACAAGCACAAACAGCACCUCGGAGAGGCCGGCGCGAUUGCCGCCGGCGCCUUCGCUUUGUAUGAGAAGCAUGAGGCGAAGAAGGACCCGGAGCACGCGCACAGGCACAAGAUAGAGGAGGAAGUGGCGGCGGCGGUGGCGGUGGGCAGCGGGGGCUUCGCCUUCCACGAGCACCACGAGAAGAAGGAAGCCAAGGAGGACGCUGAGGAAGCGAGCGGGAAGAAGCACCACCAUCUCUUCUGAAAUCUUAAUUCUACGAGCUGGUUGGUGGCUGUUGCCUGUUGUGUGUCGUCGGAGUUGCAUACAGUGCUUUUGAUAUAUCUGCUUUCUGCUUUCUGCUUUCUGCUUUCUGCUUUCUGCUUUCUGAGAAUUUCAGUUGUGGUGGAAUAAUAAAUAAAGGUUUUUCUAUGGAUAAAUAAAUGUGGUUAAAUGGUUU